CCAUGAUCCUAGUUCAGUGAAUGGGGUUUGGGCCCAAGCAAAUAUGUGAUGUCCUGACUGUCUGCGAGAUAGGGAUUGCAACUUGCAAAGCCGGGAUCUGUCAAUUAAUCUCCCAUUAGGUCCGUCGACGAGCUCCCUCUGGCUUCCACCGUGAAGUACUCAACGUCCACUGUUCACAACAGGACGAGGUUUCAACUCCCAACCGCCGAAUUCCUCAGCUCUUCUUUUUCUGUUCGCCGUCUCUGAAAAUCCGACAUCCCCAAGCCAGUUCGCACAGUUGUUCGUGGAAGUCCUUGCGGAUAACUGAACGUACUCCUGCUUCCAAUCAACUAUUGCUUUGGUUCAGUCGAUUAGUUCGUGAUCUGACAAAUUUCUUCAGAACUUGGCUUCCGGUCUGCAUUUGGUUUGGAAAAGGUAAGGGACCAGCAAUGGCAGGAGUGGUGCAGAAGUUCUUCAUCACUUCAAUGCUCCUGUGGAUGGCUCCAAUUGCGAUCCUGUAUGCAUUUAACAACAACUUACUUCCCGGUAUAACCCAGAUGUCCCCACAUUCUCUGACGUUGGUGAGUGGAUUCGUUGCUGUCGUAUCAGUUAACAUCGUCAUCGCAUUCUACAUUUGCAUGGCGCUGAAGGAACCUGUGGAUAAACACGAGCCCGAUGCUGCAUUCGUCGCUCAGGCCAAAGACAGCGUAAAGAAACUCACUGGUAAUAAACCCGUUGAUUCUCCAGAGUCCUCGAAGAAGGAAGAGUAGAAUGAUAGGAAAACGAAAUAUGAACUUGUAGAGAGAAGAGAACAUGCUCUUGGUGUCUGGUCAGCAGGCUGUAGAAUCACACUAGUAAGGAACAUCAGUUCUUAAAUCUCAACUUUGUGAGAAGUUGUCCUGGCAUCCUUGCUGUUUCAUGUUUUUUAGGCUGCCUGUUACAAUGCCGUUGGUUUUGAGGCCAAGUUGACUUUUCCCUAAACACCGUACCACCCAUUGGGACACAGCGAGCUACAUUUUGGUUUUGAAGGACCAAGUAUGUAUAAGUAUUUAAACGAUGUUUGGUUGCUUGCUUGCUUGUAACUGUAAGCUUGUGAAUAUGUUUAAGCUUAUGUUAAGUAUAUGCC